ACUGAGUCAGUAUAUCUGGGCGGUUUUCAGUCAACAGGUGUUCUCUCAGUUGAGUUUCAUUGACACCUUAUUUCGUCAUUCCGCCGCCUCCUCUCCUGUAAGGUAACUUUAAGGUUUUCUUGUCGGGACAGUUGGAUUUAGAACAGCACGACUGAGAGUCCCCUGAACAGAGAGAGAAACUCUGCAGCAGUCCUCAUUAAAAUUCCCUGUCCGUACAACUCACCACGAAAACCUCCUAUAGUGGGUGGCACCGUCGUCCUGUGCGCCUCUUUAAUUGCGCACCACGCAUUAACGCGCGAUCACGGAUCACUGUUUCUUCAGCAUUGACCGCGCGGAUCACACUGCCUUGAGGUAGAGAGUUUGCUUCAUGUCCUGCUAUUUACGGCGUCACGGCUGAGACAGGAGAAGUGGGCGCAGAGUCCCAGAGGUCCGGCUAGUAAAGGGUGGCGCCCUACGCAUCUCAUCCAGCGACUGGACACGCUGUGCGGCGACCCAUAACGACGCGUUCCGCUCCUGCAGUGAGCUUCACUUGGCUUCCCUUGCAGCUCACGAUUGUGACAUUCUCGGUGGGGACUGGCAACAUGUGCGCCUGGUUGGUGUGAAGUGUAACACAGCGGCUUUGGGGUUUCAUUUCUCUCGGAUACGCCAAGUACCCGACGUUACGGCGCACCUUGUGUAUAAUAGAGAACCAUGAGCACUGUGGAGGAGGAACCGGAUCACAUGAUACCAUGAAGACAAGCCUGCAGGUCCUGCGCUGCCAGCUGCUGAGUGUUCUAGCAUUCCUAGCACUGCCAGUAGGACUGGUGUCAUCAGCACAGGAGCUGUCCCUCAGCCAGACAUCCCAGGACUCUGUCUCAAUGGCAGGCUCCCACAGAAGCCCCCUUUCUGCCCCCGAACCUCCCCGUCUGGAAUUGAAUCUGGAAGGCUCCAGUAGUGGGGAAUGGUCAUCCAAAGGAGGCAAUCAACCCUCAAACAUUAUCCUCCCAACUGUCGCCCUCCACUCUUUUGCCUUGCUUCACACAACCCAUACUUCCAGUCAGGCUCAUGACGACCCUCCCAUUCAUGACAAAAAUACUGUCACCCCAAACCCUGUGAGUGCUGAAAGUCACAUGAAUCAGCCCCUGGAGCCGAGCUCUGAUAUAAACCAGGGCCACGUGCACAAAUUGGUGAGGGUACCUCAAGUCCAAAGCCCAGUUAGUGUCAGCACUAACCAGGCCAGCACAUCGGUCCCAAGUAUAGAUAUGGAAACUACUGCUAGAGGAGCUCCAAACCCCCUGACUCUUCUGUCCAGCUCUCUAUCAGACAGAGGAGAUACGAUUGCUGCACACCACAUAAAGCCUCAGCAGUUGAGUGUAAAAGAACCCUCCGACCCCACCCGGCAACAUGUGGAAGAUGUCGAGCGUCCCUCCCUUUUCUCUUCAUCGAUGAAUGCUGACCCUGCGCCAGGCCUGAAACUCAGGGAGCAUGCUCACGGCGCCGCGCACCACGCCAUCACCCUGCGGGAGGUGCAUGCAUCAAACGAGCCCCCCACUGAUCCACUAGUGUUAGAGCUGAAGCAAGGGUCUGUCACUCCAGUUGAGAGCCCAUCUGAGAAUCUAACUUCCACCACGUCCACUCCAGCGCUGUCCACUGAGCCCGGCCUCAAGACACAGAAUCCAACAAUCCUCCCGAACAACCUCACUGCACCCCACGAGAUAACCACUGAGGAGGGUCGUGGGCAUGGUACGGACAAUUCCUCGCUGGGACACUGGUUGGGGAAUGUGACUGCAUAUGGUGGUCUGCUCACUAACAGCAGCUCAGUUGAGGAUGCUCAUGCUCAGGGGAACAGCUCUGAGCUCCCUUCCACAGCCAGCAGGAACUUCCUGAACAGGUUGGUGCCUGUCACCACCCAGGACCCCUGGGCGCCCGGCAACAGCUCAGGCCCAACCGUUGAAUCCCCACUGUCCCGCAUGACCAUCUGCUUGAGCAGGAUGGAUAUUGUGUGGAUUGUGCUGGCCAUCAGCGUGCCUGUGUCCUCAUGCUCUGUACUUUUGACUGUGUGCUGUAUGAGGAGGAAGAAAAAGACAUCAAGUCAGGAGAACAACCUCAGCUACUGGAACAACGCCAUCACCAUGGACUACUUCAGCAGGCACGCUGUGGAGCUGCCCAGAGAGAUACACACCCUGGAGAGUGAGGAGAGAGACGCUGAGGUUGGAUCAUGUGUAGGAUGCCCCUGGUGACUUCCAGGAUCAGGACACCUGUCUACCCCCUAACGGAGACUACAGCGGCAGCAGCGUGGUCCUAGUUAACCCUUUCUGCCAGGAGACACUCUUCAUCAACAGAGACAAAGCUUCUGCCAUCUAGAGACAGAACAAAUGAGACACUGUCAGAUUCUCCUAUUCUACUCCCCCUGCUGUUGUCUAUUUUAUAAAUGUAGUAAAUAUUCAGAGACUUUGACUUUAUACUGUAUAUGACAAACACAAAGAGGCAACCUGAAAGAGAAGUGAUGUAAACAGACACUAUUUACUAUGAGGAGGCACCUGCAUAUUUUUCUGAUGUAAAUUUUCUACAAAAGGCUUAAUUGUGAUAAAAGGUUUUUAUUGUCUUUAUAUAAUACAGAGUAUAUGUGGUUUUGUUUCAUUACAGUGGCUUGAUGGUGAGUGCACUGUGGAUGUUGCCACAUGAAAUCUGCUUUAGAGAAAGAAACAUGCUAUGAAAACA